CAGAGAGGGAGGUGUUGACUGUGUUGGUGGUGGCGGAGGAGGAGGAUGUUUCGCUCCAGUUGUCAUUCCUUGGGAAAUAAUAAGGAGGCGUGAUCUCGACUUACCUGUUCGCAGCAGCAGGAGCGUUUCGGAGCUCCAGGUUCCUGAACUGCGUCUGUUCCUGUGAGAUAGGAACCCUGGCGUCGCUACAGCGGAAGGUGGAGCUGGCCUUGAAGGAGGCUAAAAAGGCUUUGAGUGGUGGCUCCAAAAUGAGUGUGACAUCAUGGUUCCUGGUGAGCAGCUCUGGCACACGCCACCGGUUGCCACGGGAGAUGAUCUUCGUGGGUCGUGAUGACUGCGAACUGAUGCUGCAGUCGCGCAGCGUGGACAAACAGCACGCCGUGAUCAACUACGACUCCAACACGGACGAGCACAUGGUGAAGGAUCUGGGCAGCCUGAACGGGACGUUUGUGAAUGACCUGCGAAUCCCCGAACAGACCUACAUAACCCUCAAGCUCUCUGAUCUCGUUCGCUUCGGCUAUGAUGACCAUGUGUACAUCCUGGAGAGGAGUCAGCACAAGGUGCCAGAAGAGGCCCUGAAACAUGAGAAAUACACCAGCCAGCUGCAACUGGGCCUGAAGGCCCUGGAGGCUAGGAGGAAAGAGAAACCGCAACCGCAAAAGCACAAGGACACUUCUAAUGGCACGCCGCUAGAACGGGUGGAACGCAAGGCCUACUCCGCCACAGCGACCUCUGACAGUCCAAUAUCCAAGCCUACUCCUCUGUACGGACAGCCUUCUUGGUGGGGGGAGGACGAAGACCCUGAUAACAAACCGGAGAACAGUGGUGGAAAGCAGCCGGACCAGGAGUCCACAGAGCCCGCCAUCAGAGACCUGCCCAGAGAGGGAGUCAAUGGCUCUCUGUCCGAAAGCACCGGCAAGGCCGCGUACGCGUACCGCCGCGAGCCCAGCUACUUUGAGAUCCCCACCAGAGAGUCCCAACAGCGGACCGCCAAAACCCCAGAGGAGGGCGUGGUGCAGGAGGUGCCCACCAAGGACACCCCUGACCCCGCCCUUACCCCAUGUGACCCCUCCACCCCCACCCCCCCGGUGGUCCAGAGCCACGCCUCUUUCACCAUUGAGUUUGACCAGGGCACCCCUGGCAAGAUCAAGAUCAAGGACCACAUCACCAAGUUUUCCCUGCGCCAGCAGCGCAAGUUCCCCCCGAAGGAGGCGGCCGCCCCAUCCGAGGUGGUCUCGUCCGAGAGCAAGGUGGCGGAUUGGCUGGUGCAGAGCAACGUCAGCAUGAUGAUGAGGAGGCGGUCCCACACAGAGGACGACUACAGCACUCAGAGCGACCAGUCGCUUCAGAAGACCACCAAAGGCCACCGGCACAAUGACGGAACCCUCAGUGAUUCGGAACGACCCUCAAGCAUUGCAAACGAUCUCAACCAGGCACAGGCUUUGAUUCCCCAGAAGGGCUCCCCUCCCCAACGCUCCUCCCCCAACCGCAUCGCCCCGCCCCGCCCCGACGACCCCCUCGCCUCUGCGGGGUCUCACUCCCCGCCGACUCCGGGAGAGAGCUGCCCUCACCAGCCCGACCUCAACGACAACCUGACGAAGAAGCGCUCCUCCAAGUCGGUUGUCCACGACGCUCCCCCGGCGGAAGCCUCGGCCACGCCGGGGAACACCAGGAGAGCAGAGCGGCAGGCUCCCUCUGCAGCCGCCGGCCCUCCCGUCUCGGAGAGGUACACCGUCCCCCUGAAGAACCACAACGCGGCGACGGGCUUCGUCCGAGCCGGCUCUCUGAGACGGGAGAAGACGGAGUACCGCAUCAGCACCAGCUUCUCCUCGCGCUCCGCCUCCUCCGCCUCGGUCCGGCCCUUCGCUAGCGUGGGCCGCCGAUCCAAACUCGCCCAGGACUACAACGCUGAGUUCCUCAAACGGAGCGCCGCCACCGCCGCCGUCGCCAACGGGGAGAAACCCCCGUCCGGCUCCACCCGAGACCGCCCGCCAGGGACGGAGGCGCCCCCGGACUCCCCUCCCUGGAGCCGAGCCGGCACGCCUGCGGCCCCGGAGCCCCACCUGGUCCAGGCGUCCUCUCCUAUCCACCAGCCCGUCCCCCUCGUGGCCCCGCGGAUGUCCCGGGCCCCCCGGGGAGCGGAGGAUAAGCCGGCCCCGCGAGCAGCCCCCCGGGCCGAAGAGGAGGACAACCUCAGCGACGCCGGGACGUACACCAUCGAGGACGAAGCCCAGGACAAAGAGGUGGAGGAGGCCCGGAGUCUGAUCGACCAGGUGUUUGGCGUGCUAGAGAGCCCAGAGCAAAGCCAGUCGACCGAAGCAGACACGUCGGCGGCAUGUAGGCCCGAUAGUAUUGAGUGCGUGGAGCAGCGUAGGCAGAGUAGCAGUGAGGUGCUGAGGCCGUACCCAGAACAGGGAGAGGGUCUGGGACAGAGGGCCCCAGUGUCCCAGGCAGCCCCCAAGUGGAUGUCGCGCUGGGCGAGCCUGGCGGACAGCUACACAGAGAGCCAGCCUUCCCCUGGGGACAGCCCCGCCCUGACGCAGCAGCCAGGAGGAGCAGGCGGCGUUCCAACAUUCCCCGAUACGACGCUCCACAACGAGUCGGGCGGCUCCAGCACCCGCCGGGCCCUGCCCAAAGCGCCUCUGAGCGAGUCGGGCGACGCCCCGGAUCCCAGCGGCCGCGUCCGCUACGCCAUGCAGUCCACCUUCGAGGUGGUGGACCCGGGCUCGGGGAGCGGCAUGCAGCCCCCCGGAUCGGCCCCGGACCCCCGGGACGACCUGGAGCCCGACAGCCUCAGCGACGCCAGCCGGUCCGACGACGGCUCGGUGGUGGAGACGAGGCCCGCCCCGUCGACGCCGGACGCCGCCCCGAGGAGCGACGGCGUCGACUCGCCCCGCCUCCCGGCCAAGUCCACGUCUUUCUACGUGGGCUCGGAGGAGGACUCGGGUCCCUGCACCCCCAAGGCCGAGAGGAAGCCCAACCCCAGGCUCUUCUCCACGGCCACCCUGACCAAACAGAGAGGCAGCCUGGACGCCGGGAAGCUCAAGCCCAACGCCUCGGCUCCCCUGCUGGACCGGGGGAGGUCGCCGAGCCCAGGCAGUCCCGAGUCCAGACACAGCGCCUCGGCGGCCCUGAUCAGGCAGGAGAGCUUCACCAAGGAGUGCCCCAGCAACACCAGACUGCCCCACAUCUCCACCAAGCCGGAGGACGGAUCCCCGCGAGCCCUCCACCAGGACACCCACUCUUACCUCAAAGACACCGAGGAUCUCCUGGCUUCCAUGGAGGCCAAGCUCCACGCGUUCCAGCCGUCGGUCGCUAAGCCUCCUUCAGCGAUGGACUCUCUGUCCGGGGAGUCGGACAUCGACACCUCCAGCACCGUCAGCCACCACAGCAACAAACCAAACUCGAGCGCCGCCCCGGCUAACGGUAUCCACAGGGAGCGCUCGUCGGCCAGCACGGCCAGCCAGGACUCCAACCGCCUGUCCUCGGCGUCCGAGCAGCUGUCGGAGAGGCGCCACGCCAGGGGGCGGGACGUCAGCAGCGGCAGAACGGAGAGGGGCUCCGUCGCACGGCGGCGCAGCGUGAGCAGAGGCGGCUCGAUGGACCUGAGCGACGACGCCCAGGGCUCCAGCCUGCCGUACUCGGACCAGGAGGGCGGCAGCCGCCACCACCCGGGCAGGAAGUACACGGUGCCGCUGAAGAAGGAGGACGGUGGCGGCAAAGGCUCCCAGGCGCUGAGCCGCUCCAGCAGCCUGUCGGCCCCCAGGGCCACCAGGGCCUCCAUGCUGCGCCGGGCUCGCCUGGGGGACGCCUCCGACAACGAGGCCUCGGAGACGGACCGGCUGGCCAAGGAGGCGGCCUCCAAGCAGAGCAAGGAGGCCAAGAGGUUAACCCGGCUGGACAUGCUGGCCAUGCCUCGCAAGAGGACCAGCUCCUUCAACGCGCCCAGCGACACGGAGGCCUCCGUCCUACCCCCGGUCUCCAGCAGGUCCACGGGGUUCUCCAACCGAAGCACCGAGUCCAGCAGCGGCUCCACACGCAAGGCCUCGGUUUCGGGGCCCAAGCCGGCGCCCCAGAAGGGAGCGCUCACCAGGACGCCAAUCACCCGAGGACGCCCGAGCAGCGCCAAAUACACCAGCAGCACAGCCAGCUCCAGGAGACGGCAGAUGGGUUGCGACUACGCGUCCACCUCGGAGGACGAGUGCGACUUCAAAGACGCCAGCCCGGCUAAACACACACACAACCGCUCCCAACCUUCCCCAGCUCGCAACAGUAGCGUGACGCGCGCCCGCUCGCGGCCCCCGCCCCAGGCGAUGGUGGCCCUGCGGCCGAAGAGGCCCGGCCGGGACUCUGAGGAGGAGAGCCAGGAGGGAGAGGCCCUCCACAGCUGGUCCAACCACAGCGCUGAGAUCGCACGGUUGAGCCAGGACCUAGCCAAAGACCUGGCGAUCUUGGCCAGAGAGAUCCACGACGUGGCCGGGGAGGGGGAGCCCCCGAGCUCGGCCACGGAGGCACAGGUCCCCGACGCCACCAUGACGGCCCACGAAGAGGUACCCCGCACAGCGUCCAAGACCCCCGCUAGACAUCCUGCCAGCGCUCCAGACAGUUUUUGUAUAGCCCUUAGUCCCAGAUACAGUCUCAAAGGGCUGGUUAAGCACAUUCCAGAGGCAGGGCUCAAUCACCAGAGAGGUCCUCCAAGCCCUACGACUCCCAAACACCUCGACCAGAACACUGGGGACCACAAACACAACAACACAAACCGGCCUCGCAACAGAGAAGAGGAUAUAGCUGACCAGCUGAUGUUGAAUCCCGUGACUCAGAUUUCCCUUGUCAUCAGACAGAACACUGACCAGCUCACGGAGAAACUCAAGGUGCGCUUCCAGGAUAGGAUGGAUCUUUGGGAGGAGGUCGAGGCCAAACUCACUCGGGAUAACCACAUCCCCGUCGUCAAAAGCUCUAACAAGGAGGUCGCAUCCAUUCUGAACGAGCUCAGGAGAGUUCAAAGACAACUCGAAGUCAUCAACACCAUCAUGGAACCCAGCAGGAGGCCUGAGCAGGACAAGUCCUCCGCACGCCCCACCGCUGCAGCCCGCUCGUCGAGGGCCGACCCCCGGGACUGGAGGACCACCCACUCGGCGUCUCACCGCGGCGGAGGGAACAGGCCCGGGGAGAGCGUGAGGAGGACUGCCGUGACCCCCGAUGACGCCAGAGAUGGAUAUGUGGUUUGAGGUUCCGAUACCAAGGGAGCGGUUCCUCCUUUUUACUCGCCACACUGCGCUUCUUUCGCCGUCGCCACCGCAGACCUCCUCAAAACCCCCUGCUACAGGUGUAGGAAAGCACCGCUGGGGGGGAAGUGAGAGUCGCUCCCCCGGACAGCUGCAUGUUAAAACAACACCGCACACGAGGGGUGACAAGGCCUGCAGCAAACAUGUGGACAUGGCGCAAUCAAUGGAGGAAAGACGACAACGUUAACCGUCACGCGUGUUUGUGUGUCCGUGCCAUGUUACCUCCAUCCCCCUUUUGUUUUCUAAAGGGGCUUCAAAACUAUACUUGAUUUAUCUGACAUGGUGUCAGUUGCCAGUGACGCUGCCUUGCACAGCACAAACACUACAUGAUUUAAAAACCAGCGUGAAUGUAAUCAACUCUUGCACACAAAGCAGCAAUCACCUGCUAGGGCUGUUGUAAUCGAUAUAGAGAUGUUUUAUAGUAGUACCAUUUUUGUGGAAUAUUUCUUUGCGGAACACGUAUACUAUUUUUCGAUUGUAAAAAGUAUUUAUUGUGCUACUUUAAGCUCUGAACAUAUGUCAAUUUAUAAGAGAAUUUGAUAAACGAAUAGACAGUAAUCGAAAUGUAUCUAAAAUAGUGCCAGACCACAGAUUUCUACAUGAUCUGACAAAAAAACAUGAAUGCAAUGGGUUCUCUUCAGAUUAGGGGUCUACUUUGCAUGCAGCAUUUCCGUUUCUCUCCCAGGCUGCGGUGAAAUUCUCUGUGGAAUGUGGGGAUGAGAGGAAUGAAGAAGCUUAACGUUAGACUCGAACACGGAUGUUUAGUCACAAGGCAACAGCAAUCCCCACAAGCCUCUCAGGCAUUCCUCAGCUCCACCACUUGGAACAAGAUGGCUUUUGCUUUCAGCCUGCAUCUGGUAUCGUUUCUUUUAUAGUAAUAGGGAUUAUUAUUUGUUAUAUUUGACAUACAACACAAUUAGUGGCACAAAGAUUUGGCCAAAGGUAGUGUUGGAAAAUAUUCUCAGGCAUCCCAUAUUCUCUUUCCUAGUGGCUCUCCGAGCAUUUUCUCUCUCACACACACACACACACACACACUCACACUCACACUACAUCUAAACUCAAACAUAAGUUUCACCCUUAAGGGUUACUUUGGCCAGAAUUGUCAUGACAGAGAUUUUCUACACCAUGUGUCUCACUUGAAUGUGGGCCAACAGUUAAUAUGAUUUUUUUGUGUCUUUAUUGGUCGGAUUGGCAUUAAAUGUCAUUUAACUCUAACGUUACCUCUCUUGAUUGCACUAAUGUAAGAUUCCACUUGGCUUCAUAGAGUGAACUUCCAAGUAAAAGCCACUAUGCCAAUUCUUUGUGAGGAAGUUUCAUUUCCCAAUCAGAACAUGAUCUUUGUUGUUAUGAUUGAAGGCAGCAGGGGGCACGAACACAUGCUUUCAACUUCCCAAAAUUGUUUCGUCCACCUACAUAUGAUUCUAAUUUGGGUUUCCUCUAAAUAUUUCAAAGCAUUUUUGGCAUUGUUUAUGACUGUACUUGCCAUCAUUGUUUACAAAUGAGAUGAGCAAAAGAAUGACAGACAUUUGUAUUGCUCUGCUCUGACUCAAUGCUGCUAUUUCUACUUGGGAGAGAUGGUGCCCGCAAUUUUUUCAUCUACACAAUGGAAAUAGGCGGAGAUUGAACUCAGCCUCGUUUAUGUAAAUCCGUUCUACAUCCACUUUAGGCCCACUUUUGUACUUCACUGGCCGUUUCUUGUCCGUCAACCUUGAACUUGUUAUCUUUAAUGUUUAGUUUUUUUGAUGUCCUUGAUAAUUAAGAUCUGGUUACACACUUUCUUCCUUGAAAUACCCUUUUUUCAAAUAAAUAAUUAUUAAAUCGGUUAA